AUGAACAAUCAAGGCCAGCCUGGCCAGGCCGCCGCCGGUCAAACUGUGCCUAGUGCGCGACAGCCACCCAUGUAUCGACCCGAGAUGAUGCGAAACCUUCCCAUUCUGAACGACGAAGAGAAGCAGAAGUAUGAGAGGGGUUUGCGCCAGUUGUGGAAUCAUUAUGAAACGCAUCCUGAGGAGUCCGCUCAACAUCAAGACGCCAAGAAGAAAAUCCAGGACUUUACCAAGAUGCUGCUUAACAAGCUCCAGCAACGCCGCAUGCAGGUUCAGCAACAGCAACAGGCUCAGCAGCAAGCCGCUCAACAGCAGCAACAGGGUGGUCAACAGGCUCAACAGCAACAGAGUCAGCCAGCGCAGUCAGCUGCCCCCGCGCAACAAGCCCAGCCGGCUCAGCAACAAGCACCGGCGGCCGCCGCCAGCCAAGCGAACGUCGGAGGCGUCACUAUAAAGACCGAACCGAAGACCGAGAACACGGCGACGACGACGGCAGAGCCUGCGCAUGCUCCCACGCCCGCGCCCGCUCCAGCGGCGGCAGCACCGACUCCCACUGCGCCGCAGCAGGCGCCGCAGGCGACACAGUUUCCAGAUCACAUUCUAGCCCAUAUUCGACAGAUGACCUUCAACCCGCCUCAGGGCAUCCUAGAUAAAGGCCAGGAGGCGGCUGCUCGGUGGUCCAAUGACUUCAAAGCGAAAUAUUUGAGGGCGUUGAUGCAGAUGGAUCAGCAGGGAAUCCAGAUAAGGCGGAUCGAUGCACACGUCAAGAAUCAACAGGAGAAGGGCGCAUUGGGUGCAGAUGAAGCAAAGCAAUUGCAAAUUAGAAGGGAUCAUGCGCAAAAGAUGCACACUGAGGCCCAGACCUUCGUCCAAAAUUUCAGGAAGUCCCAGGAGGGCAUCAAUAAGGCGAGGGCGGCGGUGGCAGCUGCUGCCGCGGCGGGACAGACUGCGGCAAGUGCGAGCGCGGCUGCACAACAACGACCGCCUUCUCAGCAACAGCAAAACAGCCCAGCCGUCGCAGCAUCGCAACCGCCCUCGACACAGCCUGGUGGUGCUCAAGCAAGCCCGGCACCGACCGCCCAAGGCACUCCGGCCACGCAAAACGCGCAGAACCCUACCACGGCAGUGAAUGCCGCGAUCGAGGCAGCGAAGAACCAGCAAAUGACCGGCACAGCCGCCGCAGGUCAAGGCACCCCCACUCAGCAGCAACAGCAGCUGCCUCAACAACAAGUACAACAGCAACAGCUACAGCAACAACAGCAGUUGCAGCAACAACAGCAGCAGCUCCGACAGCAACAACUCCAGCAACAGCAGGCUCAGGCUGCCGCUCAAGCUGCGGCUUCCUCUGCCGCGACACCAACUACAUCCCAAGCUCCUCAAGCUCAACAACCCAUGGCUUCUGCGCCGCAGCAAACUAUGAAUCAGGGCCAACAUCACCCCCCGCCAGUCAAUACUGCCAUCGCGUCGGUUUCCGCAGGCGGUGGACUCCCUGCGGCAGGCACACCCACCCAGCGCGUCGCGACUCCCCAGUCUGCUGCUCCUGCCGGUCCUGGUCAAGCUCUCAGCCACUCAGCCGCCGUCUCCCGCGCGAACCAGCGCAACGUCCAGACAUCGGCUCCCAUUCAGCAGGCCACCGGUACUCCCGGCUCGGCCGGCGCACACGCUCAGGGUGUCAUGGGAUCUGGAGCAGUUCCGCAACAACAACACGCGCAUCCGACACAGCCAACUCAGACGUUGCAGUCUAAACUUCCGAUCCCUAAGCAACUUCCAGAAAAGGCUACUUCCGUGCCUCAACCCGUUGCGAUGGCGGGCGGUGCUGGCGCUGGUAGGCCUACUUACACGGGAGGUGGCGGCAUUGCUGGAGGUGUCAUGGGCCAGCCCGCGAUUUCCAAGAUCCCUGCAUACGUCCAUGAGGCUGAGGGCGAUCACGUACUCAGCAAGAAGAAAUUGGACGAGCUCGUGCGACAAGUUUGCGGCGGAAAUGCCGAGGGCCAGGAGAUCAACAUGUUGACUCCCGAGGUCGAAGAGAGUGUCUUGGCCAUGGCAGACAGCUUUGUCGAUAACGUCCUGGAGACGGCUUGCCGCAACGCCAAAGAGCGAGGCUCAAAGGUCCUCGAGAUUCGCGACAUCCAGCUUGUCCUUGAACGUACUUACAAUAUCCGCGUCCCUGGCUACUCCUCUGACGAGCUUCGCACCGUGCGCAAGAUCCAGCCCUCGACUGCCUGGAUCACUAAGAUGAGCGCCAUCCAAGCAGCCAAGGUGACCUCGGGUAAGGGCGAGUACACUGCUAGGAGAAGCACGACAAAGAGCGUCCGGUUCAAUCAAGAUGACGUCGGAGCACGUGCGACAUCGCCGGUCAAGGCCGCCUCGUCCAAGGCGAGAUCUCGUAAAUCUACAUCACUGGCCAAGAAGGCUUCAACCUCGAGAUCUGCUCCGACUCAGACUACUGGUCCUCCCAUCAUGCAGUUCUCGGUUGAUAGCAAUACCCAGCAGGCGGACUUGUCCAUGGCGACACGUAUGGAGGUCAACUUUCUCCCAGCAAAGAAGUAG